AUGGCAUUAUUAAACCACAAUUUGCUGAAGGUGCAACAAAAAAUGAAGGUCAGUGCUGAUCGGAAACGACAAUCGGUGGAGUUCUCUGUUGGAGACUGGGUAUUUGUGAAAUUAAAACUGUAUCGUCAGCACUCUCUUAGGCUUCAGCGCCAUCAUAAGCUUGGUAGGCGUUACUUUGGCCCCUUUAAAGUGAUUAAACGAAUCGGUCAAGUUGCCUAUAAAUUGGAUCUGCCUGAAGAAGCCAAAAUUCAUCAUGUUUUUCAUGUUUCAAUGUUGCGCCGAUGUGUAGGAAUCCCUGAAACUCAAGUUACUCCACUUCGACUUACUGAUGCUCCUGCUGAUGUUUUACCAAACCUUGUGGACAAGGUCUUUAUUGGGGAGGAAGGUAAUGUUAUGAAUAAAAAGGCAAGUGGGCUUGAAGAGGAAAAUGGGCCAGCUGAGAAGGGGAUUGUUGGAUCAGUCCGGAAAAGUAAAAGGGCCACAAAGCCUCCACAAAAGUUAGCUGACUAUAUUUGGAAACCUGGUUAA